AUGCAUAUUGUUAAUAUUCUACUUAUCAUUGGUUUCUGUAGUGCAACACUAGCAGAUAAUUCAUGUAUUUUUGAACAUCCAACUAAAGGUGUUAUUAAUCUAUCAUCCAUUGGUUUACAAAAUGGUGAACCUCGUUUUCGAGAUUUAUCAACUCCAACAAGUUCCUAUUAUACGUAUUCAUUCAAUCCAUGUUAUUCAUUUACAGAAAAUAGUUGCUAUAAUGCAGCUGUGUGUCAAAUAUCUUCUGAUCGCAAACAUUCAUUUACAUUAGGUACACAAGAUGUCUCUACAUGGACAAUGGACUCAAGCAUGGCACCUGUUCUUACAUAUACUUAUGGUGAGAAAACAGUUUCUAUAACAAUGAUUUGUUCGGCGGUUGUUGAAGAUGAAUUUGAAAUACUUGGUGAAUAUAGUGUUAACCAUUACUUCAUGCGUUUACGAUCACGUUGUGCUUGUUGGAAUGGAUGUUCUAGUCCACAACCGAGCACUACUACUUCUAGAACAUCAUCAGUGACAACACCUUCGAUAUAUUUUAAUGAAUGUCACUUUCAUGAUUCUCGAUAUGGUACAAUUGAUUUAUCAUCUAUUGGUAGCAUGACAGGUACGCCAACAUUCAAAGAUGUUACAUCAAUGUUUCCAAAUAAUUUUGUCUGGUCUUAUAAUCCAUGUUACAAAUUUUCUGAAGAUAGCUGUCAAAAUGUAGCUGGAUGUCAAAUUGAUAAAACUCAUAGUAUCAGUUACACAAUAGGAUUACAAGAAUAUGCUUAUUGGGUAAAUAUGAAUAAUACAAAAAAUUUUGUUCCAGGGAUUGUUUAUCCAUCAUUAUCACACAAUCGACGAUUAAGUGUACAACUUGUUUGUGAUCGAUCAUUAUCAUCUCAUCAUCUUCAAGUACUUGGUGAAACAUCUGUUGGUGAAUAUGUCAUGAAAUUAACAAGUCCUUGUGCAUGCUGGAAUGGAUGUACUAAACCAAAACCACGUCCAUUUAGAUGGGGUUUUUGGACGAUUACUGGUAUUGUAGUAAUUGUGGUAUUUUUACUAUGUCUGAUGAUGAUCACUUGCUUGUUUUGUUCAAAACCACGACGAAGUUAUCCUACUAUAAUAGUCAAUGAAAAAACACCAAUUAUGAAAGGUGCCCAUUGA